AUGACAGCCAUCUGCAGCGCCUCCGGUGAUCUUCCUCCUGCCUCCAGUGAUCUCACCCCAUGCAGCCACGUUCCGCCAUCUCAGCUGCGCCUAGGCCAGCCGUCCACAGCCAGCAAUACCGCUUGUGACUUCCAGCGCUAUGAGCAGUUCACUGCAGUUGGGGCAGAAUUUCUUAAUUGCUUCAACUGCGUUUCCACCCCACUUUGCCUUGAAGAUGAGAGAUCAGCCUUGUUGCAAUUCAAGGAUAGCUUUGUUAUAAACAAGUCUGCUUCACCAGAUCCUUCUGCAUGUUCUAAGCUUGCAUCAUGGACUCUGGAAGGAGAGCAUGGUGAUUGCUGCUUAUGGGAUGGCCGGGUCUACUGUAAUGAGGAAACAGUUCAUGUUAUCGAUCUUGAUCUCAGUGGCAGUUGUCUCUAUGGUUCUUUCAACUCUAACAGUAGUGUUUUUCGCCUUUUUCAACUUCAAAGGCUUAAUCUUGCUUAUAAUGACUUUAAUGACUCUCAAAUCCCAUCUGCAGUUGGCAAUCUUUCCAUGCUAACCUAUCUCAACCUCUCCUACUCAGUGUUUUCUGGACAAAUUCCUGAAAGUUUGGCAAAUUUAUCUUCUUUGACAACUCUAGAUCUAGACUAUUGUCAAUUGCAUGGUGAAUUCCCAGCCAGAAUUUUUCAACUUCCAAACCUAGUGGGUCUUCUAAUAUGA